AUGCGGUUAUUGAUGGAAGGUCGAACAGUGAAGAGGCAUAAUUUUAUACUUCAUGAUGUGCUAGGGAAAGUGGAUUCAUUUAUAUUUCCUAUUCUCGACUGUGAGGUUGACUUUGAGGUUCCCAUCAUUCUAGCGAGGCCAUUCCUUUCCGCUAGGCGUACAUUACUUGAUAUGGAAAAGGGGCAGAUAAAGUUUAGGUUGAACAACAAAGAAGCAAGCUUUAACAUAUGUAUGUCCAUAAAGCUAACUGUAUCUGCUAUAUCCUACGGGGUUGAGAGCAUUGAUGCUAUUGAAAAGUAUGGGUCUUUGGUUGCUGCACUUGAACAGAAUAAGUGUCGGUCAAAAUGGAAGAUACUAGAGUUGGAUAUGAAGCAUUGUGAAUCUCCACCCGCAAAACCAUCUAUUGAGAAGGCCCGAAAAUUAGUAUUGAAUGCUCUACCACCUCAUCUGAGGUAUGUGUUCGUGUGUAGAAAUCAUACUUUGCUGGUGAUAAUUGCAGCAGAUUUAAAUAUGGCACAAGUGGAGUUUUUAGUGGCGGUAUUGAAAAGGUUUAAACGAGUUAUUGGGUGGACAAUUGCGGACAUUAUUGGGAUCUCUCCCGGUAUUUUUUCCCAUAGAAUCAAACUGAUGUCCGAUCAGAAACCAAGUUUUGAUCCUCAAAGAAGUUUGAACCCACCUAUGCAAGAGGUAGCAAAAAAGGAGAUCAUCAAGUGGUUGGAUCCUAAGUCAUCUACUCUAUUGUGGAUACCAGUGAUCGGAUGGAGAAUUUGCAUGGAUGAUCGGAAGUUGAAUCUUUGGACUGAGAAGGACCAUUUCCCUAUACCUUUUAUGGACCAAAUGUUAGACAUACUGGCAGGAAAAAGGUGGUAUUGUUUUCUUGAUGGUUAUUCGAGAUACAAUCAAAUCUUUAUUGCCUCUGAAGAUCAAGAUAAGACCACUUUCACGAGCCCUUAUAGGACAUGUGCUUUCAAGAGAUUGUCGUUUGGGUCAUAUAAAGCACUGCCCUUCGAGCGAUAUAUGAAGUCAAAAUUCUCUUAUAUGGUAGAGGACACUAUUGAGAUGUUCACGGAUUAUUUUUCUGUGGUUGACGACUCCUUUGAUUGGUGUUUGAGUAAAUUGGCUGAGCAAUGGGUUAAGGUUCACAUUGGGGACAGGGACCUGAAGAGUGAUGACUCUGUUAUCGAUCAAAUCUUGAAUCUUAUGUUUUAG